ACACUUGCUAAUAAGGGGUCUCUGAACAAACAGACGGAGAAAUGAGAAAGAAGAGUGCAUGAAUGAUAAUGCAGGCGAACCUGCUGGUGGGACCGAUUCCCAUCAACGGCUCUCAUUCCUUCUCCUCUUCUUCUCCCAUCAACGCUAAACCCUCAAUCUUUCCGGUUCAUUGGCAUCGUCUGCUUCACUACCGGAAGCGUAACCUCCGGUCGCGCCAUAAUCGCCGCCGUCAAGUGCCAGUAGCUGCUUCAUCUUCUUCAUCGUCACCGGCGACCAUCAACGGCGAGCAGAAUCAUUACGCCAUCCUAGGUGUCACUCGCAACGCCACUUCUGCCGAUAUCAAAAAAGCCUAUCGCCUUCUCGCUCGCAAGUUUCAUCCUGAUGUUAGCAAGGACUCUAGAGCUGGGGAGCUAUUCAAGCGCAUCCAUUGUGCCUAUGAAGUAUUGACUAAUGAAGUUACAAGGAUUCAGUAUGAUCGAGCCCUUAGAUACCAAGAAGAUGCUAGGUCAUAUAGAGCAAGGAGGAAUUACAAUGCUGAGUUUGAAGAUAGGGAGAGGAUUUAUAGAUGGGCUGAAAUGAGACAGAAAAUGCAGUAUGGCAGAUAUCAGGAACAUCAUAAUGUGAAGGAGGAAAACUCAUCAUUCUAUGAUGAAUCAGAUGAGGAGACUGAAGAAGAAAUCCUCAAUCAAGAGAGAGGCUCUUUCAUUGAAGUCCUUAAAUCUGCUUUUGUAUCUUUGUUUCUAUUACAAACAUUUGGAUGUCUAUUAUCACUCACAUAUAGCUGCUUGAUGGCUUUGUUUGACAAGAAGUUGGAUGCUGGAUACAAGAUUGGUUAUGUAAUUGCAUGGAUCUUGGGCGGAAGAGGUGGGAUUGUGCUCACUUUGUGCCUCUCCUUUGCAAGCUGGGUUUGUGGAAAAACCAGCAGCAGCCUAGUAGUUUUGGUAGUUGUUGCCAUGUGGGUAGGCUCCAAUCUUGCAAGAUAUGCUCCCCUACCACAAGGCGCCCUUCUUACCCUUGUGUAUAUGUCUAUUAAGCUACAAGUUGAUCUUAACUGAAACUGGCUGGUAUAUCCCUGUAAUGAAUUUUCCUUUUCCCCCAAAUUUGAUUGUACAGAUGUUCCUCCAUGAAAUAUAGAACCUGGUAUGCUUUGUUAUGAUUGUCUAUCCUGUAAGAGUGAAAUAUAUUGAUAUUUUGGUAUAUUUAUAAA